CGUACUAGAGGUGGCUAAUAUAACCAAUAACCAAUAAAUUUACCGGUAAAAAAAAUUAACACUUCUAUUCGAUAAAUAAAAUUACCCAAAACGGUUAAAAAUACCGUUUACCAAACACACUGCGUGUAGUGGCAUAGGCAAUUAUUGGAAAUUAUAUUUAUGCAAGUUUCAACUUUAUUUCAACACGUAAGAUUCAUUUUCGCCUUGCAGAUGUCUUCAACUUAUCAUGUAAAAAAUAUUGAAUUUUAUGAUUUCAUUGUAUGCUCUAUACCCCUCAAAAUAAAGCACAAUAUUUAAGUUGGUGUAUUUUACAGUUAAUGAUAAUUUUUUUCGUUAAAAAAUUGAAAUGAAACGAUAUUUUUACCGAACGCGAAGAUGACGUGAUUGGUUGAUUUUUUAAACGUAAUAUUUUGUUUGGUACUUGACAUUUUGGUGGCUCAGUGCAUCUUUUCUAUUAUUUUGGUAAAGUUGUGUUUUUGUAUUUUAAGAGAUUUGUACUUUGUGUUUGUGUGUUUUGACUUUGUUUUUGUGUGUUUGAGACUUUGCUUACUUUGUUGUUGUGGAUUUUUAAAUUGUAUAUCUAAUUUAAAAUGCCGAAACGCAAUGCAGAAAUAUGGGAUCAUUUCGAAAAGUGCUAGUACCAUUCAAGUUUAACAUUAGCAAAAUUAAUUUUUCAACGAAAAGAUUUACCGGUAUUUUCAACCAAUAAAAAUAUCGGUAAUUUUUUUUAUCAAUUACCAGUUAACAGAUAAAUAAAUUCAACCGUUAACGCCAUCUCUACUCCGUACCAUCUGCCUUGACGAUCUCCGAAGGCGCUUAUUCUUUGGCAAACGACUUCGGGAAUGUUCGAAAUUUUCAAAGACCAGUUCGUCUAAAGACUCAAUAAGAAUGCAUACUUACAAAAUGGAUUUCAAAAUGUUUUAGAAAAAUACGUGCAUACAAUAAAACGUUUGUCAGAGGAACUUCCAAAUCAUGCAUUAGAAGUGCAAAUCGAUAUUACUAGAGAAGGUGCGAACGACCCUGAAGCUCUUCUAAAGAAAUACUUACAAAUGCAUAGGCCAUGGCUCAGCAGACGAAUCAACGAUGAAAAUAAAAUCAAUGCUAGCAUAGUCACAACGUCCGAAGCUCCGGAAAUCUCUUCGACAGUUGGUCUUAAAAAAAAGUUAGUUUACAUGGAAGAUUUAAAAAAGGCUCUAGAUGAAUUUGAAAAGAAGCUUGACCGUGGCAGCUCUACCACAACUAGCAACCAGUAUGCUUCCACGAAUCAUUUCAAUCAGAACGUUAACCGUAUUAUGGAAAUAUUGAAGAAAGGUGUCCACGUGGAGACGAGCGUUCCAGAACCACAUGACGAAAAUCUAGAUUGGAUACAAAUAAAAAUACCGAAGGACAUGUGAAAUUAAAUUCACCUGAUCUUGCAAUUUUCUGUCUGAUUCACGUCUAAUAAAAUUUGAUUUCGAUCAAUGA